UGAACCUCCAGCAAGAGCAAGAAGCCACUCGCUGCCAAUUUGUUUUUUUUUUUAUCCCUCUAGUUUUUGUUGAGGAUGUGAUCGAGAGAUUUCUCGUUUGUUAACCGCCAUAAGCUCGAAGAAGAAGAAGAUUGAUCGGGAGCGCCCGUUUGUCGCUCUCCUCGCGACUGGUGCUCGUCAAGCGCCGCUUUUCUGUUGAGCUUCUUUCGGCAACACUUCCUGCCGACGAGUUCCUCAAACUUUUCAGGAGGCGGAGGAAACUUAAAAACAAUAAGUCCCCCCCCUCCAAAAAACCCCCCAAACAAACCCAGAAGACUUUCUCGCCGUCGUCUUGACAGCAGAAGCCAAAAGUCUGCACAGUUGUUACUCGGAACCGGAGAUGUAUUAUUAUCGCUAUGACAACGCCGAGGUCAGCUGCUGCUACAAGUACCUCAUGUUUACAUACAACGUCACCUUUUGGCUGGCCGGCGUGGUCUUCAUCGCGGUGGCUUUUUGGGCGUGGAGCGAAAAGGGGGUCCUGCUGGACCUGGCGCAGGUGACCCGUCUGCGAGGUUUGGACCCGGUGUGGUUGCUGCUGCUGGUGGGCGCCGUCACCUUCGUCCUGGGCUUCGCCGGAUGCGUGGGAGCGCUCCGAGAAAACAUCUGCCUGCUCAAGUUUUUUUGCGGCGCCAUCGGCGUGAUCUUCCUGGCGGAGCUGGCGGUGGCCGCGCUGGCCCUGCUUUUUCAGAGCCAGGUGCGAGAAUGGAUCAACGGCUUCUUCCUGGCCAACGUCAAAGCGUACCGAGACGACAUCGACCUGCAGAACCUGAUCGACUCGCUGCAGAGGACGAACCAUUGCUGCGGCGCGCAGCGUCCCGAGGACUGGGACGUCAACGUUUACUUCAGCUGCAACGGAACGCAUCGCAGCAGGGAGAAAUGCGGCGUUCCGUUCUCCUGCUGCGUGGCCGACCCCGCCGACUCGGUGUUGAAUACGCAGUGCGGCUACGACGUGAGAACGAAAGCCAAGGCCGAGUGGCCGGAUCACAUUUAUGUGAAAGGCUGCAUUGCGGCGCUGGAAGACUGGUUACCCGCAAAUCUUUACACGCUGGCCGUCGUCUUUGUCGUCAUCUCGCUGCUGCAGAUGGUGGGCAUCUACCUGGCCAGGUCGCUCAUCUCCGACAUUCAAAAGGUGCGAUCCUCUUACUGAUUGAGGAGGCGGCGGCGGCGGCGGCGGCUCGUUGAUGGCGAUGGACGGCGAUGACCGCUCGAGCCUUUUAGCGCCUUCUCGCCGCAGCCGUCGCGCUCCGCGGCGAAAGGCUGAAGUCACGUUCCCAAAAAAGCCGAGCGAGAUCACUCGGCUGUGCGGCGCCCUUCCGAGCGAGGCGAAGGGCCGGCGUGACCUGACGUGACCCGUCGGUUUGACACACUGGAUUCCCCAAGCUCCGCCCUGUGGCUCAAUGUGAACCAUUUGCGCCGAUUAAAGCCACUUUUCCAUGCGC